AUGCAUUAUCAGACUGAAGUAGUCAACCGCUGCCUUGAAAAUUAUCUGCAAUGUUUUGUUGGUGAUCGACCAAAGGAUUGGGUUCAUUGGCUACCUUGGGCUGAAUGGUGGUACAAUACAACAUACCACUCUUUAAUCAAACAAACACCAUUUGAGGCCUUGUAUGGAAGACCCCCACCGCUCAUUACUUCCUAUACUCAUGGUAGCUCGUGUGUCCAUCAGGUGGAUUGCGACUUUAGAAAUAGAGAUCGCAUGCUCGAGCUUUUGAAGCAUAAUUUGGUUGAGGCACAAUCAAGGAUGAAGCAGCAGGCUAAUAAGGAUCGCAGUGAACGUGAGUUUGAGGCCGGUGAUAGGGUGUUUUUGCGAUUGCAGACUUAUAAGCAGGUCUCUAUUCAAGUUCGUUCGUCCAAGAAGUUGUCUCCCCGCUUUUAUGGUCCUGACAAGGUCAUUGAUCGUGUAGGACCAGUGGCUUACCGUCUUGACUUGUCUGUUGGGACAAAAAUUCAUCUUGUAUUCCAUGUUUCUUGCUUAAAUAGAAAUUGGGUGAUCAAGUUUCUGUUCAGAGCUAACUUCCUGAGGUCACUCUUACUGGUGACACUAGGUUUGAGCCAAAAAGUAUCUUGCAAAGCCGACUUGUCAAGCGAAGUAAUCAUGCUGAAGUAG